UAACAUAGAAAAUCUUCCUAGAGUGACCAUGAGCGAACAUGACCGUGAACGCUUUCUCGGCCCAUUAUAAACCUGGCUCCCCACCAGCACUGGUCACUUUAUCCAGUGGACACUGCCCAGCACUGUUCCUACAUCUGCGCCAUAUCUGUUUAUUACUUCUACAGCAGCCACCAUAUCUGUUGUGCUGUGUGGGUACCCCUAGCUCUCCUGUAUGUCAGUGUAUACAUUCUCUAUUUUUAUCUAUUAGCUAUUAUUCUCCUCUUCCCCCUCCCUCAUGUGUUGCACCUGUCCUGCUUACAGUCUCUGCACUUUAUGUAUAUAUCCUGCACCGCGGCCCUGGGGAACGUUGUUUUGUGCCACUGUAAGCUGUAGAUUGUACAUAGAUGGUAUGAGAGUAAUGAUGCACUUGGUAAUAUUUGACUUGAUAGUAAAGCUGAUAAGCAGUAACGGUGUAGCCUCAGAUCGUCCCCUCAUGACUGAGCUCACAGCUGUGGAUAUAAUCAUUGUUAUCUGCUGGUCUGCCCGUGUUCGCAUCACCGGGUCCGUUGACCGUAUGCACUGAACGCUACCUCUACCCUCCUUCGUGGUAACUCGGCAUGCACCGAUGGACCCUCUCUGGAAUACAGAAAUCUAGUCUGACAGCCCAGGCCAAACCCAAGUCUGCCGGUCCGAGCAAGGCUGAAACGUCGACGGCCGCAGCAACAGCCAAGCCCAUCAGCAGCACCACCGGUCCGGAAGCAGCAGAAAGCACCAGUGAAUCGGAUAGUGAAGAUGGGCUUCCACCAACUCAGAUAGCAGUCGUGACUUCGGUGACGGCCGGCCUGGCCGGAGCUGUGACCAGGACUCCCGCUGUAGAGAGGGAGGCCGAGAGCUCGCAGACGGGGAGCAGCGCAGCUGAAGCUGGCCUGCAGGAACCAGCAAACACCCCCAGAGGCACCCCUGCCAGACGGCCGAUCACCAAGAUGAACCCUGCUGUCCCCGUGAAGGACAGCCUCUGUACCCCCCUCCUGCCUGAAGCUACAGCCUGGCCCCCUGCAGAGGGGGGGGCCAGGACCUCGGAUGCCGGGAGCAGCGCCGGAUCGGCGAGCGAAGGCCCGGCUACGCUGCAGGUAUACAUUAGCCAGCCUUCAGCGACCCCAGAAGUGACUGGCAUAGGGGAGACUUCAGACAGUGACCGUGGCAACGCUGAUGCGAGGGAGGAUGCAGCUGUCCAGAAAACUUUGGUGGCACCCAAAGCUAAACCCUUGCCUGCUGCUCCGAAAGCGGCUGUGAGAUCGACCUCCCCACCACUAGAACAGCACCCCAGCAGCAACCCUGGUCCGAGCAGAGCCCCUGCAGAAGCAGCAGGGGGCAACAGUGAGUCGCAAAGUGAAGACGGGCUCCCACUGACACAGCUGCUGUUCACCAAGGCCGCGGGCUGCGAGCCCCCUGAGAAGCCCAUCGAGUGGGGGACUUUGGACAGUGACCCGGUCAUGGCUGUCUUGGAAGCACCACUGACCCCCAAUCCUCAGCCAGUGGACCUGACAUCCAGCAGUUCGGCCUCAUCCUCUUCUAUAUCCACCCAAAAAUCAUCGGCAUUCACCAAAAAGGAAGAGAGGGGGAGUGCAGAUUCAUCGGGUGGUGAGGAUGGGGCCAAAGCAGAGUCUGCACGCCCGCUGAGGACCAGCAAGCCCACCGCCACGCUGGCUGGGGCCACACGCAGCACCCCCGCUGCAGGGAGGGGGCCCGGGUGCUGGGACACGGAGAGCAGCGCCGAGUCAGGGCCCAAAGACCGAUCCGCGCAGCAGACAGUCACAGCUGCCUCAAAAGUCCGUUCCAAGAGGACUUUGACAACUAGAACCAGGAACCUACUGCAGAUUAUUGAUAGGAUCUGUGGUGGUCCAGUGUCCUCGGGGAGAAAUGAGACACUUCUUGCAGUUUCUCCAAAAGUUUCAUCAUCUAAGAGCAAGAGCAGACUCACCAAGGAUGAAGAGGGAACCGCAUGCGUUACCGUUAAGGGCCUUUCAGCUGGGUGCAGUCCUACUUCUGGUGAGCCACCGAUGUUUAGAACGUCAAAAGACCUGACUUGCGCCGUGGCCACAAACCUGGAGGACAGUGGGACUGCUGAAGAGGAGCCCUCUCAGUCUCUGUUGGACUCCAAGGAAGCUCCUGUGAAAAGUGGAGAGAAAAGGAAAAGAAAAGGAAGGAAACAGACCACCUUCCCGGCUGAGAAGCAGAAGAGCGGGGGUAUGUCCCUCCCCAGCCCCCCAAAUGCAGCGGCAUGCGAAGCAGCUAAGACCACAACAAUCGGCAAGGACAUCAGCCUUGAGGACUCAAAACGCUUGCAGGCCUCUGAAGUGGCGCCACCUACUGAGCGGGAGGCCAUUUGCACUCUGAAAACCUCAACAGGGGAGACCAAGAGGAAGAGACGGGCAGAUAAAAUGGACCCGCCGGCAAAGAAGAAAAAGAAGAAGAGAGCAAGAUGCUCAGAGGUCGCGCCAGAGGGGCGAGGCGGAGGUGCUAAAUCUGAUCGCUCCCGGGAUGUAGAGAAACAGAAGGAGACAUGGGCAUUGAUUCUUUCAGAUAGUGACACCUCAAAGGAACAUCCGAUGGCUUCUGUGAAUACCGCUCCCACCAUCAUCACCCUAUCCGGAGAAAAGAAGUGGAGGAGGAUGAACAAAAAGAAAAAGAAGGUAAAAGUGGAGGAUGCGGAGAAUGGAAUGAGCGAGAGCACUUGGAAGAUGGAGAAGGUUACACCUGGUAAGGCAAAGAGAGACUACCCCUCUGAGGCUAGCCAGGAGCUAGUCACCGUCUCCAGGAAGAUCGUGAGGAAGUCCUCAUCCCUCAAGAGGGCGCUCUUCACUCUCGACACAACCAGCCAGAGCUCCAAGAAAAGGAAGAAGUCCGAUGAAGGCGUCGCCUCAAAACCGGGGCCAGGAAACAAAACCAAGGUGCUUAAAAAGAAAGUCAAGAAGGAUAAGCAAGCUGAAGCUGGAAGAAAGGGGGCGAAGACUGCAGGAAGUUGUGAGCCGGUCACUCCAGCUGGGAGCCUGAGUGCACUCCUCGGAGUGAAGAGGAGGGAAAAGAAUCAAAUCAAACAGAAGAACAGAAAACGGAAGAAGAUGAAGGCAACUCCUUACAGGUUUCUGCUGGACACACUUUCACCCAUGAGGACCAGUCCAGAGCCAGAUUAGGCCACUGAGUGAAAGGAGUGAAAUGGGGAAAACCAGCCCUUGAUUGGUGAUCCUUAAAAUGGCAGACAACAGAUCACCUAUGUUCAUGUUUAACAUACAGGUUGUUAUAAAACGUUCUCAAUAAGAAAAUCUACAAGCAGCACUGUGUAGUUUAAUAUCUGCAGAAGUUCUGUUAUUCUUGUUACAUUUUCUAAUGUUACUAGAUUUAGUUGCUAUGUAAAAGAAAUAAAGUUUAUACAAACCCCUAA